AUGGAUGAAGAAAAUAAGACACUAGAAAGUGAAGGAAUAAGGGAAGAAUCUAAAGAUGGAGAAGAAGAAAAAAUAAUGAUAAAGAUUAAGAGUAUUAACAAACAAAUAAUGAAAAUGAAAGAACGGAUGGAAAUAUUAAAUAGAAGAGAAAAAGAGUUAAAAGAAGAAUUAGGGAAUGUUACUAGUGAAAUUGAUGCAGUAAAAGAAGAAAAACGAGAGAUUGGAAUGAUAGAAGAGAACAAAAAGAAACAAAUGAAAGAAAUAGUUAAAAUGAACUCCAAUAAAACACCGUUAUUUUCAAUAAAAUCAUGGACAAAUUGUGAAAAGUUUGAAAUGAUUUAUGACAGUGAUACAAUGGGAUUUAACCAACGUACAUUUCAAUCAACUGUAUAUGGAAGAAAGAAUAUAUUAGGAAUGGUUAUUACAAAAAAUAAUGAUAUUUUUGGAUCAUUUCAUACUGUUCCAAUUAAAAUAAUAAGUAGUGAUAUGAAUUGGACUAAUGACAAUGAUUUUUUUGUAUAUUCAAUAAUGAAAGAUGGAUAUCAAAAUUAUGGAUGUUAUCAAAAGAAAGAAGGUGUUUAUUGUAAAUUAAGAUCAAUUCGUAUGGUGUUUGAUGAUGAAACAUUUUAUCGUGUUAAUAAUGCAUUCUAUUUAAGACCAUAUUUAUAUGAGAAAAAAGGAAAAACAUGGGAUGAUUUCAAUAAAGACUAUGAUGAUAUUGAUAAAAAUAUGUCUUUUACAACAACACUUGGCUUUACACCAAUUCGUGUUCUUGUUUAUCAAUGUUUUUAA